CAGACACAUAAAAUAUGGCUGAAGAAUUAAAGAAAAGCUACUUUGAGGUGUUGGGUUUGUGCUGUGCAUCAGAGGUAGCAUUGGUUGAGAGGAUUCUGAAGCAGCUCAAUGGAGUCCAAGAAAUUUCUGUAAUCCUACCCACAAAAACAGUUGUUGUCCACCACACUCAUGUCAUCUCUGAUGUUACCAUUGUUGAGGCACUCAAUAAGGUAAGGCUGGAAGCUACUGUUAGACCACAGGAACAAAGCAACUUCCAGAACAAAUGGCCAGCCCCAAGUACAAUGUUCAGUGGCUUAUUUCUUGCACUUUCCUUUUUGAAGUACGUUUAUCAUCCAUUGGAAUGGUUGGCUCUUGUUGCGGUUAUUGUUGGCCUUCCUACACUCAUAUUGAGAAGCAUAGCAUCCAUCCGAAAUCUUACUCUUAAUAUCAACAUUCUUGUUCUGAUGGCAGUAAUAGGGACACUUGCUUUACAAGAUUAUUGGGAAGCUGGUACCGUUGUCUUUCUGUUCUCCAUUGCUCAAUGGCUUGAAACAAGAGCAAGUUACAAGGCUAUGGCUACGAUGUCAUCUUUAACGAGCAUGGCUCCUCAAAAGGCCAUAAUAGCUGAAACUGGAGAACAUGUUGAUGUCAAUGCUGUUGAGAUGAACACAGUCCUUGCAGUCAAAGCCGGCGAUGUUAUUCCAAUUGAUGGUAUUGUUGUUGAAGGGAAAUGUGAAGUUGAUGAAAAAAUGCUGACUGGAGAAUCAUUUCCUGUCACCAAAGAACUGGACUCAACUGUUUGGGCAGGCACUAUUAACCUAAAUGGUUAUAUUAGUGUAAAAACUACAGCUUUAGCAAAAGACUCUUUUGUCUCAAGAAUGGCAAAGCUAGUAGAGGAGUCGCACAACAAGAAGUCCAGAGCUCAAAGAUUCAUUGACAAUUGUGCAAAGUACUAUAUUCCUGCGGUUAUGUUAAUAGCAGCUGCUUUUGCUGUGAUUCCGGCUGCACUGAGACUUCCUAACGAAGAUUACUGGUUUCAUUUGGCAAUAGUAGUGCUUGUAAGCACAUGUCCAUGUGCACUUAUCCUCUCUACACCUGUUGUAAAUUUCUGUGCACUUUCAAAGGCUGCAACAACUGGACUUCUAGUCAAAGGUGGAGAUUAUCUUGAGAUUCUUGCAAAGGUUAAGACUGUCGCUUUCGACAAAACUGGAACCAUAACAAAAGGAGAAUUUGUGGUGACUAAUUUUCAAGUAAUCAGUGAUGAUGUUAGCCUGAACGCCUUACUCUACUGGGUUUCAAGCAUUGAGAGUAAAUCAAGUCAUCCAAUGGCAGCUGCACUUGUUGAGUACGGACGCCAACAUUUAAUUGAACCAAAGCCUGAAAAUGUGGAAGACUUUCAAAAUUUCCCUGGGGAAGGGGUUUUUGGGAAGAUUGGUGGGAAAGAUAUCUGUAUUGGAAACCGGAGAAUUCGUUCGAGAGCUGGGUGUGCAGCAGAAAUAGAAUUUCAAAACAUGGAAGGAAAAACAAAUGGAUAUAUAUACUGUGGAGCAACUCUAGUUGGAACAUUCAGCCUCUCUGAUACUUGUCGAUCAGGGGCCAUGGAGGCAGUUGAAGAGCUUAAAUCAUUGGGGAUCAAAUGUGUCAUGCUUACAGGUGAUAAUCAUGCAGCAGCCAUGCUUGCACAAGAUCAGGUACAAAUAUAGCAGCUCAAGUUGGUAGUCAUGUGAACCAAUCAUCCCAACCUAACCAUAACUGGGUAUUAUA